UGAUUCAUCUUCAUAAACAAAAUAGAAAAACACCACUCCCCGAGUUCCUCCCUGUAAAAAGCCACAGACGCCGCUUUGCUUUUAAAAAAACUUUUUUGAAAAACUGCACUCCUCUCUCUGUCUCUGCUCCUGCUCAACCUCCAAAGUCGUCCAAUUAUUUUUCAAACCCACAAACACAAAACGUCGAGGUUACUUCGACUUUGCUUCGCUACCACCAAAAUGUCCUCAUCACUCGUCUUCAUCGACUCCUCCACCUCCACAGCUUCUCAUCUUCUUCCAUUUUCGCGAAUCAGCACCCCUUUUAAUGGCGCCGUUUCUCUUCGCCGCUCAGUGGGUCCUCUCAAUGUCAGACCCUUUGUCCUCUCCCCUCUCAGAACCCUCUCUGUUAAUUCUUCAAACAACCCGUCUCCUGUAAUCAAUGAUAAAUCGGGUGGGGAAGCGUCUGCGAAGGUAAUUGAUGGGAAAAUGGUUGCAAAGCAAAUAAGAGAUGAGAUAACAGCCGAAGUGUUAAAGAUGAAGGAAGCAAUUGGUGUUGUUCCUGGGUUAGCGGUGAUUCUUGUUGGCGACAGGAAAGAUUCUGCUACUUAUGUACGCAACAAGAAAAAAGCUUGUGAGUCUGUUGGGAUUAAUUCUUUUGAAGUACGUUUGCCAGAAGACUCUACCGAACAAGAAGUGAUUAAGUUUAUUUCGGAGUUCAAUAAUGAUCCUUCAGUUCAUGGCAUCCUUGUCCAGUUGCCUCUGCCUUCGCAUAUGGAUGAGCAGAAUGUGUUGAAUGCUGUUGACAUUGAGAAGGAUGUGGAUGGUUUCCAUCCAUUGAACAUUGGUCGUCUUGCAAUGCGAGGAAGAGACCCGCUGUUUGUUCCGUGUACGCCUAAAGGGUGCAUAGAGUUGUUGCAUAGAUACGAUGUUGAAAUCAAAGGGAAGAGAGCUGUUGUGAUUGGUCGGAGCAAUAUUGUUGGGAUGCCGGCUGCUUUAUUGCUUCAGAGGGAAGAUGCUACAGUGAGCAUUGUCCAUUCUAGAACCAAGAACCCUGAGGAGAUUAUAAAACAUGCAGAUAUAAUAAUCUCUGCUGUAGGGCAACCAAAUAUGGUGAGAGGCAGCUGGUUAAAACCCGGUGCAGUUGUAAUUGAUGUUGGAAUUAAUCCAGUUGAGGAUGCAAAUAGCCCUCGAGGUUACAAAUUGGUUGGAGAUGUCUGCUAUGAGGAGGCCUGCAAGGUUGCUUCAGCUGUCACUCCAGUUCCAGGAGGUGUUGGUCCUAUGACUAUAGCAAUGCUCCUCUCUAAUACUCUCAGCUCAGCAAAGAGGACACACAACUUCCAGUGACUGCUAUGAGAUUUUAAAGAUCUAUGCUUAAUAGGAUACGGGUGGCUUCUCAGGGACCAGGUUGGUGUUUGCUUGAGCUCCCAUUUCGUCUCAGGGAGAAUUUAGUUUCAGCCACUGCGCUGCCUUUGUAGUAGUUGAUCUUUUUUGACAAAGUGAGGUUUUAUGCAGUUUUAAGAUAUUCUAUAUAGCUAGGAAAAUUGGACAACAGAUUGUGGGAGUUUAGACCCUCCUUUACCUAAUGCUGAGAGCUUGUAGGUUCAACCACAUUUGAAUUGGCCAUCAUUGUCAUAUGUCAAUCCAAAACCCAGCAUUCCAUCUUGGACA